AUGGGCGCCUCUAGGAAGAGAUCUUCGUCCAUGGACAGCAACCGCGCCGUGUGCGGCCGCCCCCACAAGUCCUGGACUGAGACCGAGCCCGAGCUCGAGCCCGAGUUGGGUUUUGAGGGCAUGUCAACUCUCUUCGGAACGAUCGCCUGUACCGUCAACCCUGCCAAGUCUUCGAGCAACAGUUCUGUCGUCUCUUCGGCUGGCAGUGACCGCGGCCGUAGCAAGAAGCCUCAACUAACCCCUAAGAACUCGGCAAGAUGCUUCGAUAUGCAGCCUUCUUCUACUUGCAGCUCGACCGCCGCCACUACCGCGGGCAGCCUCGAAGAGAAGCUCGAGGUGACCUUCAUGGAUCUGCCGACCGAGAUUCAUCUCGACAUCGUCGACAUUUGUUUCGUGCUGGACGGCUGGGGUGACAACCACAGGUCGAAUAAGGACAGAAAGUUUAUUGGCGGUACCGUUCGGGAGUUGACUCUUGUCAAUCGGUACUUUCGCAAGCUUACUGCGCCGUAUCUCUUCAGGAGCAUUUGCAUCAACGACAACACCGAGGCUCUGUUCAGGGAUGUUCUCAAGGAGAGUAUCCAGGCCAUGAUGGUCAAUCCAGACACGCAACAAUGGCUGCACAAGAUCCAGAAGUUCACUGUUUCCCUUACUCGAACGGCGCAGCCGAAUCACCAGUACGUCGAGGAGGAUGUCAUCCUCAUCCUUGACCUUAUCCGGCCCAAGAUCCAACGCUUUGUCAUAGAGCAGCACAGCACACAGUGGCAGCUCCUUUGCCUCGUCGAGAAUAUUUGGCGCAAGUGGGCCCGAAAUGGAUUUCCGCACCGUAUCUACAACACCAAGCAACUUGAGAUCUAUGCCCCUUUUGGACACAACUGGGACUUUCAGUUCCUUGCCAACCCCUACGUCAACGUUGAGCGCAUGUGGCUCGACUACAACUGCGACCUCCUGGAGCCUAAGACCCUCAAGCUGUCUCGGCUCCCAAACCUGGAGUACCUCAUGGUCCGCUCGUUCCCACUCAACUUUCUCGACGACGCGAUCGACCUGGCCAAUUUCCAAGGCUGGAGCGAGCACCCCGCAAACCCUAAGCUCGCCGCACUGGCCCGCACGCUACCGCAGCUGAAGCACCUCGCGAUGUGCGGCCUGCUCAACGGACCGAUCAAGAAGCUCGCGACGCGCCUCGCGCCCAUGCGUUCUCUGGAGCAGCUCGACAUCACCGAUCAGCAGCCCGUCAGCGCACAGCAGAUCAUGGCGGCCAGGCGCGGCGUCCACUCUAACGACGCUAUCGACUGGGCCAUCACCCACAGCCGCCUGAUGCGCAUGCACGCCGCCAAUACCGGCCGCGGCGAUGCCGCAGCCACCUUCUUCAAAACUCUGCCCAAACUGAAGCGCAUCUGCUUCGUCCGCGACCUGAUCGGCACCGUGUUCCACGCCGUACGCGACGAGGAGACUGGAGAGCUCGAGCGCGUCGAGCCGCGGGAGACCAUCACUGCCGAGCGGCGCUACCUCAAGUGGCAGAACCCCAAGGCAUGGCUGUGCGGCUUCCCCAAUGUCCUGGGAUACAAGUUGUUUGACGAGAGAGACGGGUUCUGCGACACCAUCGCGUCCGAUGCCACGUUCUGGCUGUAA